AGUCUGCGUAUUAUCAUACACUCUGUGAUCAGCGCUCUCAUAUCCUUACCAGCUGCCACUUAACAGAGUCCAGUCCGUACAACUUUUAUCUGUUUUGGCUUCUUCUAAGUUCCAAUGGUGUUGUCUUUGGGACUUGCACCCUACGCCUCUACCAUUCUCUGCAAAUCCGCUUCUCACGACAGCGCCGCUUUCAACUCCAACACCUCCUCCUCCGCCGCAAUUCCCCACGCGCAGGAUGCCGGUUUCAUCCGACGCGCCGCCGAGCUCGCCGACCUCUCCGCCGGCUUCACUUCCCCUCACCCCAACUCCGGCUGCGUCAUCGCCACUCCCUCCGGCUCCGUCGCCGGCGAGGGCUUCCUCUACGCCCAGGGCACCAAGGCCGCCGAGGUCCUCGCCGUCGAGGCCGCCGGCUUGUGCUGCCGACGCUCCACCGCUUACCUCAACAUGGAACCCGGUGACUGCCACGGCGAUCACGCCGCCGUCUCCGCCCUCGUCGAGGCAGGGAUUGAGAGGGUUGUGGUUGGAAUUAGGCAUCCUCUGCAACAUCUCCGAGGCAAUGCUGUUCGCGCAAUGAGAAGUCACGGACUUCAGGUUGAUGUUCUUGGAGAGGAUCUCAAAAGCAAAAUCAUCGAGGAAGCUCGAAAAUGUUGUCUUCUGGUCAAUGCUCCUUUAAUUUGCAGAGCUGCUUCUCGAGUCCCCUUUUCUGUUCUCAAGUAUGCAAUGACUCUUGAUGGAAAAAUUGCUGCUAGUAGUGGACAUGCGGCAUGGAUUAGCAGCAAAAAGUCUAGAAGUCGAGUUUUUGAACUCCGGGGUAGGAGUGAUGCUGUUGUCGUUGGAGGAAAUACAGUGCGUAGGGACAAUCCGAGAUUAACUGCAAGACAUGGAGGUGGGCAUAUGCCUACGCGGAUUGUAAUGAGUCAGACUCUUGAUCUUCCCGAGGAAGCGAAUCUUUGGGAUAUGUCCGAGGCGUCUACCAUAGUUGUGACGCAAAGGGGUGCUAGAAGGAGUUUCCAGAAACUUCUUGCUUCAAAAGGAGUUGAAGUAGUGGAGUUUGACAUGUUAAACCCCCGAGAUGUAAUGGAAUAUUUUCAUGAUCGUGGGCAUCUUUCAGUUUUGUGGGAGUGUGGAGGGACAUUAGCAGCAUCUGCUAUUCAAUCUGGAGUAAUACACAAGGUUUUUGCAUUUGUUGCUCCCAAAAUCAUAGGUGGUAAACACGCCCCUUCUCCUGUAGGUGAACUGGGGAUGGUUGAGAUGUCACAAGCUUUGGAUUUGAUUGAUGUUUGUUAUGAGCAGGUUGGACCUGAUAUGCUUAUUAGUGGGUUUCUCCAGCCUAUACCAGAUCUAACACCGGUUAUCCCAUCAGUCGAAGAAACUUACGCGAUUGAUCCGAAUGUCACUCCAUAUGAACCAAAAAUCAUAUUCUUCUUUAAAACCUGGGACCUCUACGGUGCUUUGUCAAAUUUCUCUCCUCAUCCAAUUCAGAUGCCUGAUGACAAUGACGGUUAUUCCACUUGGUUAAGUGUGGAACAUUACUACCAGGCUCACAAGUUUGUCGGGGUUGAUGACCCUCUGGCUCAAGAAUGUGUUGCAAAAAUAAAGGCUGCUAAAAGUCCAGAGGAGGCAGCAAGAAUAGGAAGGUCAAUGCAGCGGAAACGACCAGAUCUGAUAAGAUCUGAUUGGGAAAGUGUCAAGAUUGAUGUUAUGUAUAGGGCUCUGAAAUGCAAGUUCUCUAUUUAUCCACAUUUGAAUUCUAUGCUGCUCUCUACCGCGGGAUCCGUUCUUGUUGAAGCUUCACCACAUGAUCUUUUCUGGGGUGGAGGCAGGGACGGAGAAGGUUUAAAUUAUUUAGGCAGGCUUUUGAUGCAAUUAAGAUCAGAAUUUCUCGGUGAGUCUCAAGCAUCUAGCCAGAGCUCUAUCAUUACUGUAUAGCAGAAGCAAAAAGAAGCUAGUAAAGUCGAUGUAUGAGUCCAUCUUGUAACCUUAGAAUCGCCACAACAGAAUAAGAAUUUCCAUCUGGUGCAAAUAUUCUAGGUUUUGAUACUAGUGUAAUGACAUGGAGAGAGGUUUCGAUUGCUUUUGUGUGUGUCAGAAAAAGACUCAAAAACGCUUGGGCCUUGCCACUUUUGAAGUCUAGUUAUUCAUCUGUACCGAUUUUAUAUGCAAUUUAGUGAUAAAUUUUACACAGAAAUGACAUAUUCGAAUACGGAUUAUUUAAAAGUCGUAUUCCUCUAAU